AUGUUUAACAUGGUUCAGGCUUCUCGGGAUGAAAUUAGAAACAUCCCUCUCGAAAAAUUAUUACCUACGAAAAAUGAUGAAAUGGAACUGCAAUCUGAAAUAACAACUAUGAUACAGCGUGUUCUAUGCGAAAACAUUUCCAUCUUUCAGACUGCAAGUGAAGUGACCUGGCAUAUUGCACAUCAGUAUUCACAAGAGUCUUCAACUAAAAGUAACGUUGUCCCCAUAGGCGUCCUUGAUAAGGAUGAGAGUAGGGUGGCGGACAUGAUCAAAAUCAUGGAAGAGUACCACAAAUAUGUACCUCUGGAAGCAAAUGGACAUCCGUUGGUCAUUCCACUACAUGCUGAUGGACUAAGUUGUGAACGAGGGAAUGAUUCACAAAAUGCACGGAUUAAUGCGAAUUCUCCAUGGCAGCAACUGCAGGGACUGACCAUGAAUAUUCAGGAAUGGCACAAACGAUGUCUUCUGCUACAGGAUAUUUUUGACGAGUUGUACAAUGGAUCAAGUGGUAGAGAAAAGGGUACUUUGUUCCAUCUCAAAAACUAUUUCAACCAUCGGAAUGUUUCAAGUGACAUUAAAGAGAGGUUUAACCACUGUGAACAAUUCUUAUACUUUUGUUGCGAUGCAUACAUUGUUCUCGCAGCCUUACAUUGUAUGGGCACCAAGCAGAUGGAUGACAUACCGAAAGACUUUCCAACUGAUAAAGACAACCAGUUUUUGUUCAUGCAAAGAGUAGCCACACAGAUGUCAUCUCAGGACACUGUAAAUAAAAUAUUACAUUCAGAUGCCGGAGAGUUAAAUGACAAUUUCUUUUGUGUCUGCAAACAAGAAAUUCCUGGAUCUGCCAUGAUCUUUUGUGACAACCGUAAUUGUCCUAGAGGGGUGUGGUUUCAUCUUGAGUGUGUGGACUUGGAAGAAGACGAUGUUCCUGAUGGAAAGUGGUAUUGCAGUGAGAGUUGUGAGAGAGAUGCAGGAGAAAAAAAGACCAAGAAACGCAAGAAAGUACCAGUGGCAAAAACCUUCAUUGAUGCAAAGAAAAAUUAUACAAUCAGAGUGAUGUGGAGAGGAAUUAAUCAGAAAAUCCGACGAGAUGCCAUUCGUGAAAAUGAUGGUAACAGGAUGUUGCUACACUGGAAGUUUGACAUGUUAAAUUUCUUCGAUAAACAUCAUCCAAAGUACUUUCUGCUUGGCCAAAGAUUGCUGUCAGCAGUAAAUGGUGCAGUUUCUGAAAGGCUGCAACAUACGUUGAUGUGGAACAGAACUGUCAAUCCACAUGGAGGGAAAGGAAAGAACAUUGCAAUGGACUUACAGAUGGAAUUCUUUAACAAGGAGUAUAAAGAAAGUGUGAAAGAUGCUGCUGGACAGUUGACGGCUGCAACAAUUGCCCGCCACAGUCAGAUGGUUGGUGUUGAAAAACUGCUGAGAUCAGUUUUUGAAAAACAGGUAUCCGGUUUGUCCCGAGCAAUGGUUCACAAGAAGACAGCAAUUAACAGGCAUAAAGAUAUUAAGGAAUUUGUAUCAUUGCUAACAGAUGAGAACUUGUUCACUACCAAGCCUGGACGAAAACACCCGUCCUUCACAAAUAUGCAGUCUACCCUACAUUGGAACUUAAAUUCUGCAACCUUUAAUAUAAGCCAAGAAUAG